CGUCACGUAACUUUUUGGGGGAUGAACGGUUAAAAUUACUCGUGACGUGUUACGUGAUUUUUAGAUCACCUAUUGGGUGGCACACCUGAAGAGUCGGUGUGUGCGGUUUGAGUGCAGAACAGGGGACCGAGUCCAGUCAAGCGGAGGAAAUGGUUUCAUGUUUAUAAUUUGACAUAUCUUCGGGUGUUGUCUAAAUAAAAAGGAAGUAGCCUUGAGCUCUACAGAAGAAUUCAGACAUGCUUGGGCGCAGCUCGGAUGAAGCUGUGUCUGAACCAGCUGUCAGCAAUACCGACGCCCACGGCGGCAGGGGGUCUAAAAAGGGCACCGUUGUGGAGCGAGUGUCCAGAUACGGCAUGCAGGUCAUGCCAGUGCCCGGGGGUUUCCAGCGUAGGACGAGGCUGCAGAGGCAGCAAGAAGUCUGUGACAGCGCCGCUCCGGAGAGGGAGUCGAUCACACCCGCUAUGCGUAAAAAGUACCUGAAGGAGCUGCUUCUGGGGAACUCUUCCAACAGCGGGUUUAGCAGCGUGCUGUCCUCGCAGAAUUACAGCCGCUCCGGCGAGGAGGACACGGAUUGGGCUUUGUAUCCGAUGGAGCACGCGUGGAUGCUCUCAGCGGUGGAGGGCAGCUAUGAAAUCAUCAUGGAUUUUAUCUCAGAGGACCCCCAGCUAUUAACCAGGAAGGAUUUCAUCAGCGGCUACUCGGUCCUGCAUUGGCUGGCCAAGAGGGGACAGGACGAGACUCUGAUCAAACUUUUGCGCUACGCACAAAGCGAGGGCAUCCCCGUGAACGUGAACCUGAAGGGCAGCGGUGGGCUCACGCCUCUGCACCUCGCCAGCAUGCACAGUCAGUACAUGGUCAUCAAGCUGCUGGUCGGAGCUUUCAAUGCCAACGUGGACGCAAUGGACUACAACGGAAAGAGGCCCUGGCAGUAUCUGAGGGAAAACGCCCCGCCGGAGAUGAAGGAGCUGCUGGGGGCCUGGGAUGAAGAGCACAGCUGGGGAUGCACGCAAAACGUCAACAAGAACGGCAACAACAACUGCGCUGGCGCAGUGAACUUGACCGCAUGUGAAGAGGACGAUGCUGUGGAGGCAGAGGAAGUGAAACACUUUGACCGGACUAAGAGGAGAAGCGGCUGGAGGCUUGGGUCUCUAAAAAAGCUGCUGCCCUCCUUUCCUCCUUUGCUUGGAAGCAAAACAUGAGUGGGGGAUGACACAUACUUUCCAAUAUGUGCAUCAUCACUCCACUAUUUUUAUGUUAGUUUCAGAAGGGGUCGUGAAGACAGUGAAAGGCUAGUUUGUAGGCAGUGAUGACUAUUCAAGCGGUAAAGAUCAAGCUAAAUGUU